UUCUUUUUCCUUUUUUGAGAGGCAGAGGUAGUCGCCACUCUCUGUUUGUGUUUCACUAACUGAGCUUCUUGAGAGGCAGAGGUAGUCGGCAGGCGAUCUAACCACACAGAAAAAUAAAGGAAAAAGAUGAGUUGUGGUGUUUGGAGAAGGAGACGGGUGUCUGUAGGAUCAAUUCUGAUAGUGUGUGCAUUGUGUGCUGGAAUGGGGCUGUUGAUGCUCAACUUAAGACAAGUUGAUCCUCCAACGAGCCCCGAUUUCCCUAUGCAAAUUCACAAUUUGGUUUCGGAGUCUGAAAGCGGGUGUAGGGUUGGGGGUAAGGACGAGCCUGAGAACAAGAGUAAGAGAAAAUCCAACUCCUGUGCUACGGUGGAACACAUGGGAAAGGACUUCAAAGGAGGGUUCUGGGAGGGAAGUCUCAGAGUCAGGAAACUUAUUCAGCAUCACUCUGACUUUAAUGGUGCUUCCCAUGUCCCAAAUCUUCAUCCGGAACAGUUUUGUCACCAUGGCUUUGUGAUGGGUAAAGCAUCAGAGGCAGGUUUCGGGAAUGAAAUGUACAAAAUUUUAAGUGGUGCAGCA